CAAUGGGUGUAAAUCGAAAUGUCCUUAUGUGGAGAAGAGUAGGGGGUUGGGUUUGAUUGAUUAGUUGUAGGCGGAAACAACUUUUAACUACAACUUUGCACAGUUAUGGUAAAUUAUAUGCCAUGGACAAUUUCUUUCGUUUACACUAAUCUGUGCUAAUUCAUUUGACCGUGUUUCCUAAAGCUCACAGAGAACACGCAACAGCACUAUAUAGCUAGCUAGCUAGGCUUUACUUGUUGAUAAAGUCGUUAGCUAAAUGCCAUUUAACUAGCUAGCUAUCUCUCGGUUAGUUGGAUUUCACGACAAUUUGCACCAACAAAUUGAGGAAUGGACAGUUUUUGAAUAAUUUCUGUUCGAUCACAACAUCGCUCAUUUACGCAUAAACCCAGUGGGUCCAUCGACCGCGGCGGCGCGAGAGGUUUGAAGGCCUGGGGGACAGGUUCGGAAUGUUGGGGGGAAACGGGGCAGGAUUAGGUACAAGAGCAGGGGGCGCACGACCUGGAAAUGGGACUGGGUUGACCGCUCUGCAAGUUAAUAACCCAGGAACGAACAUGAGUGGUGCCGAAGGUGGAAGGUUUGACGACCGAAUCAGAGAAUACUCAGCCGAGGUGGUGUACAGCGGCUCUGAACCAGAGUCCGACUCCGGGGAUGAUGAUGAUACCAUGGGUUCAGCCGGGGACCGAAGAGGGGUGAAACGAGAGAGAGCUGAGAUGGAAGUCGCUGCAUCGACGACGUCUAUGGGGCAACCCCCGGGAGGUUAUGGUGGUGUCACGGGAGGUGCAACAGGGGCAAAGCCAGGCAAGAAAACCCGCGGACGAGUCAAGAUCAAAAUGGAAUUUAUAGACAACAAACUUCGGCGGUACACAACUUUUAGCAAGAGGAAGACUGGCAUUAUGAAGAAGGCCUACGAGCUCUCCACUCUAACGGGCACCCAGGUCCUCCUCCUGGUGGCCAGCGAGACGGGCCACGUCUACACGUUUGCCACGCGCAAGCUCCAGCCCAUGAUUACCAGUGAGACGGGCAAGGCGCUCAUCCAGACGUGCCUCAACUCGCCCGAUUCGCCGCCCCGCAACGACCCGUCCACCGACCAGCGCAUGAGCGCCACAGGCUUCGAGGAGACGGACCUCACCUACCAGGUGUCGGAGGGUGACGGCUGCGCGGAGCCCACCAAGGACAUGAUGAAGCCGACGUUCACCAUGGCCAAUCUGCCUGCCGGUGUCAACACCCAACCCACGUCGACCUCCUCAUCCUCCACUUCCUCCUCCUCUGUGGCCAUGCACUUGCAGAACAGCAUCCCUGCCACCUGCUGGCAGGUCUCGGCGGGCAUCAAUACUCACAGUGCCACCAGCAGUGCCAACGGCACGGUGCUGAAGACCUCGGCCACGUCAACGAGCGUCAUGCUACCCGGAGGGUUCACCCUCAUGUCCGGCGCAACGCUUCCCCCUGGCACGCACACCAUUCCUCUCAGUCACCUGCAGGCCCUCCAGGGCCCCUUGGCCCAGACCAGCAUCACCACCGCUACCGCAGGGCAUUCACAGCAGGGCCAGCAGACCACCCUGCUCCGCCUACCUGCAACUGUCUCGCUCACAGGUGGAGGGAUGGGCCAGCAGCUGCAGGCCAUUCAGGUUCACCCCAGCAGUCAGCAGAGCUCUGUGAGCCACAGUGACCUCUCCCACAUCACAAGCAGCUCCACAGUGAGCCUCCCCACCACCAUCGUCACGUCCUCGGUGCCCUCAUCCAUGGGUGGUCACAUGAUGUACCCCGGCGCCCACACUGUCAUGUACGCCACACCUACGACCUCGUUGGGCGACGGCAGUCUGACCGUGCUCAACACCUUCCCACAGACAGCCCAUACGCAGUCCCAUGACCCCGGUGCUGUAUCGCAGGUGUUCCUCACAGGACAUCCUGGGACAGUUCAGAUCCCUGUGUCGGCAGUGCAGCUCCACCCGAUGCUGAUUGGUCAGCAGUCAAGCAGCAGCAACCUCACAGAGCUUCAAGUGGUCAACCUGGACGCCCAUCACUCAAAGGACGAUUGACCCGCCCACAUAUAGACUGCUUUACCAAGACACACAUUUGAAUGCACACACGCCACGCCAGGGGAUCACUGACGCCUUGCCAACAGACUGCCACCCCCUAUUUAUUACUGCCUUUUCACCGCAAUCAUUUUGUUUUUUAAAAAUAAACCUUGUAAGAAUAUGCACACACUUACAAUGGUUUUACAGAGAAUUGAGGUGUGGUGCUGCCAUUUUACUUUGUAUAUUUGUCUUUUCUUUUCUUUCUUUGCAAGAGUUUCUUGGCUUGACAUAUCCACAUAUUGCUGAGGCUACAGCUUCACAUUUCAAUCGGAGACAUGUAGUGUGUGCACAUACCGGUUGUAUGUAUUUGAACUGAAGAGGUUUUGAUAUUGUUUUUCUUACGAGUGUAUUCUCUUUUAAGCCCCCUGUGUAUCCUAAUGUUGAUUACUUAUAUUUUUCUUAUGUUGGCAUAUGAAUGAUAACUUUACAAUACCAGUUGCUGUCAUUAGGGUAAUCAUAUUUUUAUUUCAUUUCUGGGGGGAAAUGUGCAAUUGAUGCCAGUAUCUACUCGCUGAUAAUGCUACAGUUAAAUACAUAUAUAUAGUUGAAGUCGGAAGUUUACAUACACCUUAGCCAAAUACAUUUAAACUCAGUUUUUCACAAUCCCUGACAUUUAAUCCUAGUAAAAAUGCCCUGUUUUAGGUCGGUUAGGAUCACCACUUUAUUUUAAGAAUGUGAAAUGUCAGCGUAAGAGUAAUUUAUUUCAUCACAUUCCCAGUGGGUCAGAAGUUUACAUACACUAAAUUAGUAUUUGGUAGCAUUUCCUUUUAAAUUGUUUAACUUGGGUCAAAUGUUUUAAGUAGCCUUCCACAAGCUUCCCACAAUAAGUUGGGUGAAUGUUGGCCCAUUCCUCCUGACAGAGCUGGUGUAACCGAGUCAGGUUUGUAAGCCUCCUUGCUCGCACACGCUUGUUCAGUUCUGCCCACAAAUUCUCUAUAGGAUUGAGGUCAGGGCUUUUUUAUGGCCACUCCAAUACCUUGACGUUGUUGUCCUUGAGCCGUUUUGCCAUGGCUUGGGGUCAUUGUCCAUUUGGAAGACUCAUUUAACUUCCUUACUGAUUUCUUGAGAUGUUGCUUCAAUAUAUCCACAUCAUUUUCUCUCCUCAUGAUGCCUUCUAUUUUGUGAAGUGCACCAGUCCCUCCUACAGCAAUGCACCCCAACAACAUGUUGCCACCCCCGUGCUUCACGGUUGGGAUGGUGUUCUUCGGGCUUGCAAGUCUCCCCCUUUUUCCUCCAAAACAUAAUGAUGGUCAUUAUGGCCAAACAGUUAUAUUUUUGUUUCAUUAGACCAGAGGACAUUUCUCCUAAAAUUACAAUCUUUGUCCCCAUGUGUAGUUGAAAACCGUAGUCUGGCUUCUUUAUGGCGGUUUUGGAGCAGUGGCUUCUUCCUUGCUGAGCGACCUUUCGGGUUAUGUUGAUAUAGGACUCGUUUUUACUGUGGAUAUAGAUACUUUUGUACCCGUUUCCUCCAGCAUCUUCACAAGGUCCUUUGCUGUUGUUCUGGGAUUGAUUGGCACUUUUCGCACCAAUGUGCGUUGUGCUCGGUCUCCUAGAGAUUGUCUCCUUCCUGAGCGGUAGGACCACGUGUUCCCAUGGUGUUUAUACUUGCGUACUAUUGUUUGUACAGAUGAACGUGCUACCUUCAGGCGUUUGGAAAUAGCUCCCAAGGAUAAACCAGACUUGUGGAGGUCUACAAUUGUUUUCUGAGGUCUUGGCUGAUUUCUUUGCCUUUUCCCAUGAUGUCAAGCGAAGAGGCACUGAGUUUGAAGGUAGGCGUUGAAAUACAUCCACAGGUACACCUCCAAUUGACUCCGGCUAAUUUACAUCAUUUAUCAGAAGCUUCUAAAGCCAUGACAUUUUCUGGAAUUUUCCAAGCUGUUUAAAGGCACAGUCAACUUAGUGUAUGUAAACUUCUGACCCACUGGAAUUGUGAUACAGUGAAUUGUAAGUGAAAUAAUCUGUCUGUAAGCAAUUGUUGGAAAAAUUACUUGUGUCAUGCACAAAGUAAUGUCCUAACCGACUUGCCAAAACUAUAGUUUGUAAACAUGAAAUGUAUGGAGUGGUUGAAAAACAAGUUUUAAUGACUCCAAUCUAAGUAUGUAAACUUCUGACUUCAACUGUAUAUAUACACACAGAAACAAAGCAUUACUUUUCAAAAUCAAGCUUAUGUCAGAUUCACAUAUUUGUACAUCUAUGACUCUGCACUGACUAUGCCAUGUAGCUUGACUGUGCUACACUUCUAUGCUGUGCUAGAGUGGGCCGAUACACUGACUUGCUCUUGUACACUGGCAGGGUACCACCACUGGUUUAGGUAAUGCCCUAUCAUGCUGUAGGUGAAGGAAUUAUUUUAGAACAUCACAAAGUUCAUCUGGAAGACUGACGCAGGCACUUUUUCUAUUCUCUCUGUAAAUCUACAGCACUUGCUGUGUUGCUGCAUAGAUAGUACUGUAUUUCCCAUCAACUACUGAACUAUUACCCCAAUUGUAAGGGGGUGUUUUCAGGAUGCUGGUUACGAUUUCAAUAUUGAAGGACAUUGUUUUAGUACCUACUUACAGUAUCAUACCCUAUGCCCGUCUAGAUUGUCGUAGACAUAUUCCAGGAUUUUGAAGAUUUAACUAUCUGUGUUGUGUUCCUUAGGCACCAAAUGGAAGAAAAACUAUCAUAUCAAAAUCUGUUUAGGCCAUAUUUUAGAAAUCUGCUCUGCAUGUUGGGUGUUAGUAGAACUGCACGAGUGUGGUUUUUAAAGAGGAAAUCAUCAAGUCAGUAUUUAUCGGUGUGGUUCUCUUGGGCUCAACCAUUGCCUUCAUGAGGGAAAAGCAACAACAUCAAACUGUUUUAAUAGGUAAUAAUGUUAAUUUUACUUUUGUGCGAAUCCUUGAAGGGCAAGCACCACUGUCUAUCACUUGGCUUGCCUGAACAAAGACACACAGCUUUAUGCCCACAUUCUCUACCACUUGAACAUCUUCUGAGAUGAUUUUUGACUGUUAACCAUUGUCACCUAUGUCAAAUAUAUAUUCUUCAAUUUAAAUGUAUGAAUAAAAAUGUUUGUAGUUGGUCA